GCCUCUCUGUCUUCCCUCCCGCUCUCCAUGGCAACUGUCUCUAAGGACGUCAGCGUUGAGGGCGGGGCGACUCGAAAAGCGCGGAGAAGUCUCGCGAGACGCCGCAGAGGUUGUCGGGAACUAAGUCUGUGAGACGAGAGAGCGGCGCGAUGGCAGAAGAUCUAGCUAAGCAGCUGGCGGGUUACAAAGCCCAAUUGCAACAGGUUGAAUCAGCAUUAACGGCCAAUGGCGAGAAUGACGAUUUACUGAAACUAAAGAAAGAUUUGCAGGAAGUGAUAGAAUUAACCAAAGAUCUUCUGUCCUCCCAACCCUCCGAAACCACCGACGAUGCCUGUGACAUCACAUCCGCCAGCGGAAGCCAAUCAUGGAAGGUUGGAGAGAAGUGUAUGGCGGUCUGGAGUGAUGACGGACAGUGGUACGAGGCCGAGAUCGAGGAAAUAGACGAAGAGAACGGAACUGCGGCCAUAACCUUCGCCGGCUACGGCAAUGCGGAAGUCACGUCUCUGCUCAGUCUGAAGCCAGUCGAGGAGGGGAGGAAAGCCAAAGAGGACAGCGGGAAUGUGCCUAUGUCUAAGAAAGAGAUGAUCGCUGCGCAGAGAGAAUAUAAGAAGAAGAAAGCGCUGAAGAAAGCCCAGAGAGUAAAGGAGCAAGAACAGGAGAGGGAAGACCAGAAGGAUAAAUGGCAGCAGUUCAAUAACAAGGCCUACUCCAAAAACAAGAAAGGCCAGGUGAAGAGAAGUAUCUUUGCGUCUCCCGAGAGUGUGACGGGGAAGGUGGGUGUGGGUACGUGUGGCAUUGCAGAUAAACCCAUGACACAGUAUCAAGAUACUUCCAAAUACAACGUCAGACAUCUCAUGCCCCAGUGAUGCCGGCCGAUGGAUUCUCCUCCGGGCUUUACAUUUUAUCGAUAUAUUUUUCUAAAACUAAAUUAUUGGCUGUCGUAUGAGGAAUAGCGAGGCAGCGGCAGUGUUCUUGGUUUGGAUAAUUAGGAAACAAGGAAGUGUUUUGUCUGUUUUAGUGAAGGAAUUGAUGAAUAAUUUUCCCAAAACCUUUUUUUUUUUUUUAAAGUACGUAAAUGUCUCUCAUGUCGUUGAUCUGUGGAUUCGCCACGGGGAUCUGCUUUCUGUUUUUCACUGUGAGGUCACAUGUUGGCGGCGUCUGUUGGAGACACAACAAUGGGUUUAUCUGUAGAAAUAAGACAAAUCGAAACACAGCAAGUCCAGUUGAUUUGACUUAUUUCUGCAGACCUGGAUGAAUGAGAAUCUUCACAAUAAUAAUGAGUUAAAUUCAGCUGCAGGUUCAUUUAGCGGCCGGUUAAAAGCACAAAGGUGACAGUUGGUCGUUGAUACCCACACCUGCAAGUGUGAUCACUGGGGAUUUACAUAUGAUCAUGCGCCAUUGUCUCUCUGAUGGGGGUAACUGCCAGUGAUUGCACCCACAUUUUAUCUGCUAUCAUGACUGUACUCCCAGAAUGCAUUGCCCCGUUGUCUGUACCUGCCUCCAAACUGUCACAUGCCAAUUGACUAAAGCCACUGAGUGAGUGCAGCUAUCCCCAGUGUUAGUGAGCCUCGCAGCCAAGUGUCAGAAAUCCAUUCUUCUCUCUCACUGUCAUCUACCUUUUCUGCCGCUUCCUCAUAGACAGUUAUAAUUUGUGUGUGUGUAUUAGUUGGAGGGGAGCGAGUGCAGAGGCUGCUGGGACCUGUGUAUAUAUAUCAUUUUGUACAUAAAAGUGUUGUGCUCAA